AUGGAGCCUGAAGGGCUACAUCGCCUGCAGCGCUUGGAGGAGGCGCAGGCGGCCUGCGCGACGCAGACCUUCCUGGAGGCAAGCGAGCUGGGAGAUGCUGACUCGCUGCGGGAGCGGCUCCGGCACCUCGACGCGGACCAGCGCCGGGACCUGGUUCGGUCGGUGGACCAGCAAGGGGCUUCAGGCCUGCUGCUCGCAGUGAAGCGAGGGGAUGCGGAGGUCGCUGCAGUUCUGUUAGAGGCGGGCGCCAACCCCAAUGACAUGGACAGCUCCGGCACCACUGCCGGCCACUACGCGAGUUCGCGUGGUGACCCUUCUCUCCUAAAGCUGCUGCUCGACGCCAAGAGCGACCCCCAGCGCCGCGACGACCACGGCGACGAGCCGCUGGCCUGGGCAGGCAGUGCGGAGGCCGCGGGCAUGUUGCUGGAGGCCCGCGCCGACGUCGCGGCGAGAGGUGUGGGUGGUCGGACGGCGCUGAUGUAUGCCUGCGAGCGUGGGCAUCUGGCGACGGCCAGGGCGCUGGCGCUGGCGAGCGCCUUGGCCAAACGGGGCGCCAUGGCACCGGUGCUGGAGUUGCGGAGGGCCGACAGCUCGGCGGCGGGGUCGCCCUUCAGUGGCCGGCGGCACCGGCGGCGCUCCACCAGCUUCGCGCUGCUGCCGCAGGACGAGCGGGGCAUUACGUUACAGGAGCUGAUCCACUUGCGUGAUCACGAGGAGAUGCGUGAGGUGCGGUGGCACUGCGAGAACGAGGAGGCUAUGGGCUGUGCCUCGCAGCCGCGUGGCUUCCAGGGUCCCUGCAGCUGCCAAAACUCGUUGGCGCAGGGCCGCUGGAGGACUCCGAACCUCUACGAGGUGGUGAACGACAUCGUGCUGAAGCGCUAUUGCAACGAGAGCGCCGCCUUGUCUUACGUGGAGUAUUUGAAGGACUGCCAGCGCCGGGACGGCGGAGUCAGGAAGGUGCGCACCUUUGUGUCCCACUGGUGGGGCGAGGAGUUCUGCAACCUCGUGGCCAGCCUGACGCGCUUCGCGGAAGCGGAGUGCAUGCAGCGGCAGUCGCUGAGGCUCUGGGUGCUCUUGCACUCCACGCUGGCCCUGCUGCUAAAUGCGCACCUGUCCCUGCGCUUGAUGCGGCAGCACGAGAAGCUGGAUGAUCUGUACGCCAGGAGCAUCAGCGACACUCUGCUGGUGAUCGUUUCCAACAGCCUUGUCUCGGCUCUGGUGAUGGCGCUGGCGCUGCUGGAGGCGAGAUUCAAUCGCCGGCAGGCGCUGCGCUGGUCCUUUUGGAUUUGCGCCUUUGCCAACAAUCAGCACGAGCUCAGCCACGCCCUCGGCGGCACAGUGGACGCUUCUUCCUUUGCCCUCGCAUUGCAAAGCGAAUGUUUGCAGAGCAUGGUUUGCGUCAUUGACUCGCAAUGCGUGAUUUACCGCCGUUUGUGGUGCGCCUUCGAGUUGUUCUAUGUCACUCAUGUGCUUCCAAAGGGAGGCCGUCAUUUCAGCGCGAAGAAGAUCCCGUUGGAAUUGGCAAAUGCCGAUGGAGUCAUCAGUCAGGGCGGGCUCAAUGACAGCCUGCUGCAACAGAUCCACGCUGCGAUCCUCAAAGUCAAGACCAAAAAUGCCAAGGCCAGCAAAGAGGAGGACGAGAAGAAGAUUCACGACUUCAUCGAAGAGAAGACGACCCAUGGAAGGCUCGACGCCACGCUGCGAGAGAUCACGCACAUCGGGCUCGACAGCGCCAGCCUGCGGCGCAGGUCCCCCCUGAUUUUGUUCUUCUUCUGCCCGGUGGCGUCCUUCGCGCUGUCGGGCACGGUGUUUUGGCUCGUGCUCGCUUGCAACGAGCAGGACGCCGGCGUCGUAUCCCUUCUUCGCUUCACCGUCUUGACGUACUUCUUCCUGAGCGUGGGCGCCGUCAGCGUCAUCUUGCUCUUGUGCUUCGGAAGCUUCGAAGUGGGGUGGCACCACGAGGCGCAUGAGGCGCCCAGACCGCCCAACAGCGACACCUCCAGUGACGAGUCCGAGGCGAGUCGUUCGCCUGCGCCGGCGCGAUCCGUCCUGGCGAGCCUGAAGGAGCUACGUGUGAAGAUUGCUUUCCCCUCCGCCUACACCAGGCUGCAGCGGCGCGCCUUUACAAAGGCCAUUUGCGGCGUCUUCUUCUUGGCGGGGCCUGGGCUGCUGCUGACCCCGCCGCUGCUGCUUCUGGAGCACGGCUUCGGCUCGAAGAGCGCCAAAGAAUGGCUCCAACUGCUGCAGAAUCUGCGGUGCCUGUGGAACCUGGUACAGGUCACUUACGCCUGCGUGGGUUUGCUCCUGGGCUCCUUGUCCUUCUUGGUGCGAAACCGCGUUGCCGCGCUUCGUCUUCUGGAGGGCGCGCUGCUCUGA